GGGCAGCUUUGAGAGGUUUAUCACUUAUUAGUCAGGCAGUACUAGACGUGUGACGGUACUAAUGUGGUACCAGUUUCAAAGGAAAACGAAAAUUUUAAAGAAUUUUUUUAAGUUAUUCUAAGGUUACCUGAUCAACCAGGCUGUGACUCAUACGUCAGGCUGCGAGCAGCCAAGUCGAACAGCCUGGUUGAUCAGUCCAGCAACCAGGAGGCCUGGUCGACGACCGGGCCGCGGGGACGCUAAGCCCCGGAAGCACAUCAAGAACGACAGCUGAAACGGCUGAAACAUCGGGAAGAAACGGAGCAGACCAAUAUUAACAAGACCUCGUCGUGGAUAGUCGUUAAGGACAGGGGUCUUGAAGACCUUGACAAGGCUGCCUACAGACGCCCUAAGGACAGCAAAUUCAUUUGCCGUGUUGGAAAAGUGCUGUGGUGAGUCUGCAGUUCACUCGAAACGGAAAUCGGCGAGGAGCGGCGAAGCGCAGACCCCUCAGGCUGCUCAGAAAGUUAAGGAGGUACCAACGCGAAUUUUGGUUGUGGGAGAUUCCCAGGUGGUAAAUUGUUUCGGCUGCUACAGCUCUCCAGCCCAAGUUGUUGACUGGCUGGUCUUUGACUGCCUCCCAACAUGUUAGUGAGGUCCUGAGCCGAUGUACCCUAUGGCGAAGAGUGAGGCACUAGUUUCCUGAAGUAAUGUAUAGCAUGAGAUGGCACCCAUUCUAAACAGCAGCCGGCACCAACUCUGGCCGACGUUGGAGUGGAAAAGACCCAGAUCCUGUGGGGAGGAAAAGUCUACAGUAAACUGUAAAAGGGUGUUGGUUUUUCUCACUGAAGCUACCACUCGUGCAAUUUUGAUUGGUGAUUGUGACUUAGUCCUCCUCGUGAUCUACGGCAAGAAAGUGCAGUGGCCUGUUGGACCACCUGGACAGCGAGGCGCGGGAGUUGGAAGUGUUUCCACCAUUACGUCAGAUACUCCUCUGCCGCAGAUUUGGAAGAUUUGCAAUAUUGUGGGUUGUAGAAGGUCCUUCCAACAACUUCAGGAACAGUUGCAGAACAAUCGCUGGAAGUGUUAAAUGCUACAGAAAGUAGCAUAGUUGUCAGAAUUAGAGGG